AUGUUGGAAAGUAUUGCGAACUUUAUGAGGAUAAACCCACCGCCUCUCCCUCCCAUCGAGGUAAUUAUGUUUUUUGGCAUAAUAAAAAGCCCCUUACACACUAAUCCGGACAUGUUUAAUUGAAAUCAUGAUAAUCGUUUUACCCAGACCUGAAGCGGUCUUAAACUAAAACUGGAGAAAGGUUAAAAAAAGAUGCGGCUUCGAGUGAGGGAAUUAGGGGGUUCACUUGUUUCGUUGGGAUGCAAUUAUUGCCUAUUCUUGAAAACAAAAGAUGUGGUUUCUAAAAUAUGCGGAUUCAUGUCAGUGGAUCAGAAAUUGGCCCAAAAGAUAGCGAAUUAAGAUAUAAAAGAACUUAAGAGAUCUGUUCUAAGGUCUUUGUUUAUGGCAAAGAAUAGUCAAGAGAGAAUGAUUCUCUCUUGGAAUAGCAUCUCUUGAAACAGCUUAUUCUUUGUGCUAUUUCUUUAUGAUAGCUACAUUCAGUACCAAGCGAUCCCCGAAAUGCCGGAAUUUGUGCAUUCGCUAGUAGGGAUAUCGAGAGGGGAGAGGUGGUGGUAGAAUACGAUGGAGAAAGGGUGGAAAUGGAGGAAGCAGCUAGGAGAGAGGAGAGGUACGCCGAGGCAGGGAGGCCCUGCUCUCUUAUGGUUAUCGAGAGCGCAGGGCAACAAGUAGCGUAAGUACAUGUAGCAUUUCAAUAACAUCUUGGUUGCAACGUUGAACGUGUCUGAGUUCCUGCUACAAAAUAACAGUUAACUGCAUUCUUUUUUAUUUUCAGGAUCGACCCCUACAGAGGCAAUCAAGAACUAGAGAUACCAUGA